AUGCCUUUGUCUCGGCCAACUCUCGUUUCUGGUUCAGAAUGCUCCCGCUGUAGUCGCGUCGUGAAUGAGCCAGCCCAUCGCAAGUUCUCCUCAUUCCUCAGCCUCAGCAAUUUCCUGCGUGGACGAGAGGUCACGAUCCACCGCCAGCCCUCAGAGCUUGUGGCUGGCGCUCAGGCAGGCUGUUGGUGGUGUACCAGGAUCUUUCACUUGAUCACAUCCGCGCUCGAUGCUGAGACUGUCGCUGUUCAAGACUUUCACAUCCUCUGCCCCAGGGUCAAGACAGCGGCGACAUUGAACUACGAGGGGCUAUGGCUGAGAGUAUGGCUCCCUGAUAACAAGAUCUCGCGCUUGGAGACAAAGGCCAUCUUGAGCGAAAACCCUCCAUGCCGCAGCUUUUCCGACGAGACCGCCUUUGCAGCCUCUCAACGCGCCUUGUCCUACCUCGCCGAUCGCGUCAAUAACUGCAAGCGGAAUCAUGCAAAGUGUCGCAAGGAGAGCCAAUGGUUUCCGUCGAGAGCACUACAUGUCCAGAAACUCAACAGAAUCAUCAGCGUCAAGGUUGUUAGUCGUGAGGAUGUCCCUUCGGGAAGCGAGUACAUCACUCUGAGCCACCGAUGGGGGGACUCGGAGCAGCUCACACUUACGAGCGACACACUGGUCACGUUCUCGGAGGGUAUUCCAGCAGAGAUACUCCCGAGACUGUUUUCCGAGACUGCUCAGGUAGCUCAUCAACUCAAUGUUCCCUACCUAUGGAUCGAUUCCCUGUGCAUUUUACAAGACUCCGAAGAUGACCUCGCCCAAGAACUUGCAGUGAUGGAUAAGGUGUACCACAAUGCAUACGCUAACAUCGCCGCCACAUUUGCCUCCGACAGUUCACGCCCUUUAUUUCCCGACCAGAGUUCCUUGUCGUUCCUGUCUCACAAGGCACCUACGCCUACAGACACACCCACCAACACAGCGCCCAAGUUAUGGUGGUUUGAGGGUGACGCGCGCGUCUUUACACACCUCGACGAGCAACUUCUAUACAGUCGAGGUUGGGUCUUUCAAGAACGAUGCUUAGCGACACGAAACGUCAGUUUUACCCGGUCCCAACUCUUCUUCGAGUGCUCCGAGGAGCUCAGUUGUGAAGCCACCGACAUUUCCAACCCUUCUCUCAACAAUACCUUCGACUACCCUUUAAGAUAUCUCCCUCUGUCAAUUUUCCAAGACUCCGAUGUUCAGCAAGACCCCGAAUUGUUCUCCAUCAAUCGUCUCGACCAAUUGACAAAGGCGCAAUGUCUCGAUGUCUGGCACAAAAUGGUCCAGAUGUAUAGUCCAUUGGCCCUUUCCGAUCCAAACGAUAAACUCGCUGCCCUGUCCGGCCUUGCGCGGAGGUUUCAUUCUCGGCUUCAUACACCAUACUAUGCUGGUCUAUGGUCUGCCAAUUUGCGAUCCGAGAUCUGCUGGGCGAGGGCUCACACCAAACGUUCUCGAAGGCCAUCGAGGGCGAACAAUCGCGUGGCUGGGUAUCGCGCACCCACUUGGUCUUGGGCCUCUGUUGAUGGCGAAGUGGAAAUUGACUAUCGCGGCAUAUCAAGUUCUAAUUGGUCGUUCGAGAUUCUCGAAGCGUAUACUACUCCAUUGAAAGGGGACAAGUUUGCGCACCUGGCCGACGGCAGGCUUGGCCUGAGAGGAACCAUGUUUGUAGUGAGGGAAGAGGACGCGCGAGCAAACAACUCGCGCAAGGCCCUGAUCUUUCUCAACCCCCCAACUCGGCAGCCGUUGUACUGUUACUGGGAUGUCGACGGGUAUGAAGUGACCUUCCCGUUUUACGCCUUCAUCUUAAGGACUCGGGUGGACAGACUGUCAGACAAGUUUGAGAUUCACUGCCUAAUUCUGACCCCGGUGACGCCUUCACGAGGUGUCUACCGAAGAGUGGGCAUGGGACAUCUAUCAAACUACGGUAUCGAUUCUCCUCCAACUUUGUUACCGGAGGUAGCACAGCCAGCAGAGGUCGAUGCUCCACCGUCAAGGCUUUUUGAGGAAAACGACUUUACUGCCGAUGCUCAACCAGACGAGUUACAAGGUGCCGACGACAACGGACUUCCGGCACGCAGAACUGAAGACGCUGAACAAGGUGGGAAUGUCACUCGGUGUUUGAACUACUGGCGGAGAGAUGGCGUGGACAUACUCUCGGCCCAUCGCGAUGCAGCAGGGCAGCAUACAAUCAUCCUCAUCUAG